UUAGUUUUAUUAGAUAUCAUAGAUGAUCACACUCCACUUUAUUAGGUUUUCGACGCUGAUUGUGCAGUGAACUGUGAUUCCGGAUUUGAAUUAAUUGUGAAUUUCAAUUUUGCAUUGAUUUUGCUUAUGUCAACUGUUCGAAAAUCAAUGGUGUCAUGAUUGUGCAUUUGUCUGCGUAUUUUUUUCUUGUUUCCACAAUUCUUAAGAAUAUAUUCCACUUGCAAAGCAAGCAUUAGUUUCCUACUGUUUUUUUGUGCUGCUUUUGUAUUCUCAACUGUUUAAUUUUCAGAUGCACUGUGCUCAUAUAGUCUUGAUUAGUGGCAUAUGAACACGUGACCUAUAUGUAGCACCGGCACCUCUUAAAAAACCUGUGUCUCUGUCAGGGUCAUUGUCCGAAACUGACAGGCACCUCUUUAAAUUUAUUCAUUUUUUCAAAUUAUUAACGUGUUGGUGCCGGUGUUGUGUUUCCGGUGUCCGUGCUUCGUAGGGAUUUAGGGAUUAUAUUUUGUUCAGUUAUAUGAUAGGUGUUCGCAGUUAUAUGAUUUCUCAUUAGUGUAUGAGUUUGUUUAGAUUGACUUAUUUGAGCUUGUCUAAUGGCAUAAGUAAACUUAGGUCAUACAAAGUUGAUUGAUUCACUUGGAAGCCUUUUGUGGGAGCUAUGUCUUCAUCUUAUCCCUCAUCCUCGAUGAGGACUGCAUCGAUUAAUUCCAACAACAGAAGUGCUGGACACAUGUUUUCAAACCCUGCUGAGCUCCUUGAUAACAUCCCUUUCCCCCCUGCUUCAGAAAUGCAUUCUAUGCCAUUCCCUCAAGAAAGUGAUGCUAUUUCCUGGGGAACAGAUCUCUUUGAAGAUAUGCUUCCGUUUCCUGAUAAUGUUCCCAUCCAGAAUGAUCAUGUGGAGUACAGUGCUUCUAACGUCUUGGGUGGAAAUGCCAAAACAACGGAGUUCAAGGAGUGGGUUGAUCAGUUAAUGCAAGUUGAUGAUGAUUCUCUUCAUCCAGAUUGGAAUGAACUUCUCGGUGAUAAUAAUAUGGCAGAACCAACAGCAGCAGAGGAGGCUCAAAUUUCAGUGCAGGAGACUCAAGUUUCACUGCAGCAGUAUGUUCCAUCUAAUGAAGAGACUCAAUUUUCAGUGCAGGAGACUCAAGUUUCACUGCAGCAGUAUGUUCCAUCUAAUGAAGAGACUCAAGUUUCACUGCAGCAGUAUGUACCAUCUAAUGAAGUUAAUGUUUUUCCUAAUUCUUCUGGAUCGACUACAUCACAAUCUAAGCCUAGAAUGCGUUGGACUCCCGAACUUCACGAGGCCUUUGUGGAAGCCGUCAAUCAGCUUGGUGGUAGUGAGAAGGCCACGCCAAAGGGUGUCUUGAACCUGAUGAAAGUUGAGGGCCUUACCAUCUAUCAUGUGAAAAGCCACCUCCAGAAAUAUAGAACUGCCAGAUACAAACCGGAAGCAUCAGAAGAAAUUCCAGAGAAGUUGACUUCAAUUGAAGAAAUGCCGCCUAUAGACUUAAAAACGCCUAAGGGCAUUACCGAAGCAUUGCGGUUACAGAUGGAACUCCAGAAGCGGCUUCAUGAACAACUUGAGAUUCAAAGAAAAUUACAGAUUCAAAUUGAGAACCAAGGGAAGCAUCUACAGAUGAUGUUUGAGCAACAGAUCAAGUCGGGAGAGCCUUCUGCUCCAUCAUCUAGCGCCGCACUACCUUCCCCAGUUGAAAAUUUAGAAAGCUCAAAUGAGGGUCACGAAAAGAUUGGAAUCAACUAUAGCACUCCAGACACAAGCGCAAAGCAAAAGGGAGAUGAUGCUAAAGUUAGCGAUGAACUUGACCAGUUGUCCACACCACCCACAAAACGAGUGAAGACCGAUUAGUUGAGUAAAGAAGAAUAAGUUUCAACCUUGUGAAGGUGCCUAGUGUUUCUGCUUCUACAGAUAACAUAACAUACUGGAAUUUCCUUUUUGCUUUUGACCAUGACUUACUUGAUCAGUGAUUUGGUUUCACAGUAUCUAUUUCUUGUCCUUGAUUUAGUUUAGGGUAUAACUUGCAUUGGGAAACUUCACUCUAGAUAUUUGUUGUAUAUUAAUGGAAUGUUUGAACACUGGAGCCUAGAAACAUAGUUGGCUCCUAGGAUGUUUCAACUAUAUUAUUCGCAUUCCCUUUUUGCCCAUAAUACUCUUAAUGGAAGUUAACUUAGACAA